UACAACUAUCUUGAUAACAAAGUUGAACGCAAACGGAAAUGUACUCGUACAAUUGUAAAAAUUCCUGGUUCAAAAAUGUCUAUUUUAGAUUUUUUACUGUAUGUAAUUUUGUCGAUCUACGUGUACAGUCCGAUCAAUCUGACUAAUGAUUUCAUUAAUGGGCUACAAACCACAUCAAAUCCGGAUACUUAUUUAACCCCACCUCAGAUAAUCACAAGACACGGAUACCCUGUAGAAACCUUUUAUGUACGAACUCCAGAUGGAUUUAUACUUCAGUUACAUAGGAUUCCUAACAGAGAUGGAAAUUUGCUACCGAUACUUUUGGUUCAUGGAUAUCUGGAUUCUUCUUUUACAUGGAUUGCAGAUGGUCCAGAAACAGCCCUAGCUUACUUAUUGGCUAAUCAAGGAUAUGAUGUUUGGAUGAUUAACACACGUGGAAAUACAUUUUCUCGAAGCCAUGCAAAUUACACUCCGAUGGAGCGAGCUUUUUGGGACUUUAGUUUUCAUGAAAUGGGUAUCUACGAUAUACCAACAACCAUCGACUUCGUAUUGAACAAGACAAACCACAACCAAUUGAUGUGCAUAUGCGAUUCUGCUGGAAAUUCUGAAUUUUACAUCACCUUAUCCGUAUUACCACAAUACAACGAUAAAGUUAUAGCUCAAGUUAGUCUAGCGCCAUUUUACCACGAGUCUCCGUCGAUUUUGACCAUAAUAUUACAGCCCAUUAUAGAUUACAUUUUGGAAUACCUGUAUCAGAACACGCAGGGAGCAUUCCUCGAACAUGAUUUAUUAACGAAAUUAGUAGUGAAAGUUCUGACAUCAGUACGAUUUUUUGGCUACAGUUUAUACGAGUUUGCUUUGUUAAUUGCGUAUGGUUGGUUGCCAAAUCACGUAAACAGGGAGAUAAUGCCAACGAUUUAUAAUAAUUUUCCUGCAGGAACUUCGGUCAAAACAACACAACAACUAUUCCAAUUUGAGAAUUCUUUCAGUUACUUUGAUUACGGUUUGAAAGAAAAUCAGCAAAUUUACGGCACACCUUCGCCACCGAAAUACAAUAUCAGUAAUAUAAACAUACCCACAAGGAUCUAUCACGCAUUACUAGACAUAGCAUCAAGUCUCAAGGAUGUGCGAUCAUUGUACAGUAAGCUUCCUAAAAAGGCCGGUUUGAUAGAAAUAUCUGAUUUAGGAUUCACUCACAUGGACUUCAUUUGGAAUAAAAAUGCCAAAAAACUAAUGUACGAUGAUGUGAUACAAUUUGUAAAUGAUGUGCUCAAUAAUAAUGCUUCGAGCACAAUCACCUGAACAUUAACACCAAUGCUUUCAAUAAAAUAAUAAAAAAAAUUGUUUAA